AUGGCUACCGAAAACGCUGCGAAGGAUGGCCGAUCUACGGAUCGCUAUCAUAACAAUGAUACCGGCCCUUUCGCCAGCGACUCACACACGCUGGUCUUGGGUGGCCCUGGCCAGCAAAAGAUCAGACUCGAUAUGUCCGACCGCGACAUGAUGCUCUGCGCCUCGGUUGAUGAGUCCACCGUGCGCCUGUUGCACUUGCGAAAUGUCCGCGAGGACACAGCGGACAAGGCCAAGUCCGUCGUCGAGCAACUUCUCGACGAGCUGAAGUCACUGGAUGAGAGCACCAAGAAGCCGCUUGACAGGGAGGGGUACAUAGAGCUGGAGCACGCUGUAGAUGAGACACAUGAGGAUGUUCGCAAGUUUAUCUGCGCGGAGGCUGAGAAGCGCGGUCUUGACUUUGAAUGGGGUGGAUCGGGGUACUCGCGGCCUAUGCUGCGGUCACUCAACGAGCAGACGUACUUCACUUUGCGCUGGCGUAAAGGAGGCACUUGGGAAACAGGUGGUGGGACACGUGUAGUUCCAGCUUGA